UUCUUGGAACCAGCAGGUACUUCCUAUUUGAAACACGAGAGGGGAGGGGUUGAUAUAUCCAGUGAAGUUUGUGUUUCUUCUAUUUUGGUGCAUUCUCUUGUGUUGUGGCUGUACAGUUUCUCCAGCGUACAUUCUUCACUGCACUGGACUGUAUAAGCUACGUUGGUUCUUUUUUUCUUCAGGUUUGAGGUGAACCAGCUUUUGUCUCAGUGUGUUGUUUGGUUUGAGACUGGCUUUUAUUUGGUAAAAAUCCUCUGAAGUUUUUGCUUUCUGAUGUUCUCAUUUUGUUUUGUCAUAUUCAGCAAAAUGAACAACAUGGUUUAAAAUAAAAAUGCAAAGGAGCUCCUGAGGCUGCAAAUGAUGUGACUCUGUGCUGGAUUAAUGUCAUCCUACAGAAAGAAGUGGGAAGAGGUUUUAGUGUAAAUCUAGGUAAAGAGGACAAUCUAAAAAAAAAAAAUCAAGGAAAUUUACACCACAGUGGAAGAAGAAUAUUCCAUAUUUUGUGACUUAGUUUUAUCUCUCUGGUUUCUAAAACUGCAUUUCCUUUCUCACCGUUUAAAAUGAACUGCUUUCGAGCAGCUUUUGACAUGAGCUGCUUCAUAUGAGUCUUCCUCGCAGAUCUGCACCCCCUCCCCACCCCCUGCCGCAGAACUCGUUGCGCACAGCCACAACAGAUGGUCCAGUCGCUACUCCAGCCUGCGUGCGCGUAACCAUUUGGCGCAGAAGUACUUUCAUUCCUCCCAAAAAACUUUCUGCACCGUUCAGUUCAGGAGUGCGGGAGAGUAGGACUUUCUGGAUUCUCCGUUUGCACGCGACGUCUGCCGUGAAGUGGAUCAAAAUCUUGCAGUGGGAAGACAGCGAGUGGAGGGGGAUACUUGAGCAAAAGAAAUCCUGCAGAGAUACCUGUGGCAGCCAUCAAACCUCCGUGCAAAGCAUCAUCUGACUGUCAGAAGUGGCCAUGCCAUUUGGCUGUUUAACAAUCGGAGAGAAGAAGGAUUACCACAGUCCUUCAGACGUGACAGACAAAUAUGACCUGGGUCAAAUUAUCAAAUCGGAGGAGUUCUGUGAGAUAUUCCGAGCCAAGGACAAGACCACGAUGAAAAUGUUCACAUGUAAAAAGUUUCUGAAAAAGGACGGAAGGAAAGUCCGCAAGGCUGCCAAAAAUGAGAUUCUCAUCUUGAAGAUGGUAAAGCAUCCCAACAUCCUGCAACUGGUUGACGUUUAUGAGACCAAGAAAGAGUACUUCCUCUUCCUUGAACUUGCAACAGGCAGAGAGGUGUUUGACUGGAUCCUCGAUCAAGGCUAUUACUCGGAGCGGGACACCAGCAACGUGGUGCGCCAAGUGCUGGAGGCAGUGGCCUACCUGCACUCCCUGCACAUCGUUCAUAGAAACCUCAAGUUGGAGAACUUGGUGUACUACAACCGCCUAAAGCACUCCAAAAUAGUCAUCAGUGACUUCCAUCUUGCCAAGCUGGAGAACGGGCUGAUCAAAGAACCUUGUGGGACACCAGAGUACUUGGCUCCUGAGGUGGUUGGCAGACAGCGGUACGGACGACCUGUGGACUGCUGGGCGACGGGUGUCAUCACAUACAUUCUGUUGUCCGGAAACCCUCCUUUCUAUGAUGAAACUGAUGAUGACGACUAUGAAAACCACGACAAGAAUCUGUUUCGAAAGAUACUGGCGGGAGAUUAUGAGUUUGACUCGCCGUACUGGGAUGAAAUUUCUGAUUCAGCUAAGAGUCUGGUUGCCCGUUUGAUGGAGGUGGAUCAAGACCAGAGACUGACCGCCCAGGAGGCUAUAAACCAUGAAUGGAUCUCUGGUGGUGCAGCUUCAGACAAGAACAUCAAGGAAAAUGUGUGCGCUCAGAUAGAAAAGAACUUUGCCAGAGCCAAAUGGAAGAAAGCUGUACGAGUCACCACUAUCAUGAAGAGACUUCGGGCACCAGAGCAGAGUGAGUCCAAGCCAGCCACCCCUGCAUCCAGCCUUUUAGCUGCGCAGACCACCGCCGACGCCCCUGCGCCUACAGCAGCAGUAGAGGGGACCCCUGCUGUCACAGAGCAGCUAGUCGCAGGGGAAAUGAGCCAACAGGUGCCGCAGGCCGAAGCCGCAGCAUCAGCUGAAGAACCACAAGAACCGCAGGAGGGCGAGCCCACAAAUCGCUGCAACGGGGAAGCCUCGGCCACGCUUUUCACCGCUGGAGAAGCUGCAAAGGAGCAGGGUUAAAAUUCUGUGUAACCUCUGCACCAACCCCUUUCUUACUGUAUAUUAGCUGCUAGCAUGGUGACACUGAAUCUGCUUUUCUUUCACUUGCAGCUUUAGCAUCACCUCAUGGAGGCUACCUUUCCUGAGUGAUGCGUUGCAUUGGCUGUUUUGAUUUUAUGACGUAAUUUUUUUCCACUGAUCUUCAGGUGGGAUUUACAGUUUUCAUGUGGAGCUCAUGGUUUCCAGCUAAAGUAGUGAUUUUAUGGAAAAAGUAAAUUCAUCAGAAAAUUAUUUUGAUCAGAAUUUUAAAAAAAGCCAGUUUGGGGAAACCACUGCUCACCAAUUAAGAAAUUAAACAAUUUGUUCUGAUAAUCACUAUUACGGCUUUUCUCUGCCAAUUAUACCAAGAGCUGGUCACUCUCAUGCUUGGAGAAGAUUAUUUGUAUUUCACAUUGGAAAUACAUGUUUGCUGUCUAAUAAACUGCCAGAUAUUGUGCAUUAAACACUGCUGACUUUGGUGACUGGGAGCUUUAAAACCCAGAACUGUAAUUUUUGAAUGAGGCAGCUUCACACAAAAAGCACACACAAACACUAUUUCCCUUUGCUGAUUUCCUGCUCAGGAAGCAAUCUCACAGUGUAAGUGUAAAGACUGUACAUAGAAACCUUUGUAGAAAUAGCUUUCACAGCAUGCGUUCUUACUUUUGCUGUUUACGUACUCCCACCUUAUGCAUUUCUACCAGGCUUGUCUUAGCGCUAGUCUCCGCUUUCUAACCCUAUUGCCUUGUCAAUGCUAAAGUUCUUUUUCAAAAAGAUGGAUAAAUUACAUUACUGUUACCCUAUGCCCUUGCUGUUAAUGUAAGUUACAUCAGCUAAAAAAAAAGCUUUGAUGCAUCUGAGUUUAUCUGUAGCUUUUGUUUAAACUCAUUGCAGGAGAUGUACUUUAACCAGUCUGGACCGUCUUCUGGUUCUGUGCUUCGUGUCAAAACACCUCGACUGAAAAACCACUCAUGUCUUAAUAUUUUAUUGAAACUUUUGAUAAAAGACAUGCGCCAUCCUCCUGGCUUUGUGGCGACCGAGGUUAUCAUGACUUUGUUGAGCUGUAAAAAAUACAUCAUAAGGUAUAUGUUUGACGGUGUUUAUCAUCAGAGAGCUUUUAUUUUCAUACAUUUUUGAGUUGUGUCUCUAGUCCCCUUGAGUAUUAACAAUUUGCUACAAAUACAGAUCUUCACACUUGAGAAAGUUUAGCAAUAUUUGACUGGCUGCAAAAACUGUGACUCUUAGUGUCCUUUUAGAUGUAUCUGUUCAGUUGAAGUCUGUAGUCUUCUCCAGCUGUCUGGCCCAUACGAAACCCGGCACAUUCAGCUGCUGUACUGAUUGAUAAGCUGUGACAAACCCUGAAACACAAGGUUUUAGUGCCUGGCAGCAUGCCCUGCAGGUACCAGACUCUGUUCAAUUAUCCCAUCGGUUUAAAGCUGGGAUUUGGUUCUGAGUCAAACUGAAUACAACAAAGUUAAACACAUGAAUUCUGCUAAAGUUUUCACUCAUAAGUGUCCAUUGUUGCUUGUAUGACUACAUAAACACCCAUAGAUGCUAGAUGACAGUUUUUUUUGCAAAGCAGACAUGCAGACAGCAUGCCAACUUUAGCACACUAUGCUAACUUGAGCUGCGGGGUUGUUGUUGCCAGAACUAGACAACGGUAUUUGCAAUAGAAACAGUUGCAUGAUUCUAACAGACAGAGCCCAUAAAACAGCAACAUGCUAACUUUAGUGUUAGCCUGCUUGUCUUAAAAUAACAGCUGUAAAUGCUCAAUAACUAGAUUGUGAUGUGUUCUGUUUUGUUUUGUUACUUUUUAAAAAAUAUUUGUUUAGAAAUAUGGAAACACAUCAAGACUUCUACAGAGAAGUACCAACUACACAUGGAAUGAAGUGGUACACUAUGCAUAAUAAAGAAAGGUACCAGUUCAAUGCAAGAAAGUAGAGUAGCCUACUCUACUAUUUGGUAGAAUGUCCUAGUAAAAAAAAAAAGAAAGUAAAAUCCGGGUUUUGGGUAAUCAAAGUUGAGAUGGAUCAAAUGUAAUCUUCAUAAUAUGGAAUAAUGAAACAAUUCACAAUAUAACUUCACCAGUGGCUCUGAAAUAUCAUAGCAUACACUGGAUAACAUUCAUUUAUCUCUAUUUUUGUUAUCCUCUGUCACAAAUUUUUCUUUUUAACAUUCUCCUAACCUGAACUUUUUCAUUCCACCUUCAAGUCUCCGUACCUGCUUUCCUCACUCCAGAAGACACUUCAACUAUGUUCCAUCCAGUCUCCUCAGUCCUUUUAACUGUAAUGCUACAAACACACCAGGCAUGUGUGGGGCGUUUAAGAAUGUGCUAAAUGUCGUUUUUUUUUUUGCGCUAAUAGCAGACAGUGUCCAGGUCGGCUGUUACCCAAUGCUAGCCCAUGUGCUCACAGUUGGAACAAAUCUUGCUGCAGGCUUUUUCUUUCACUGCUCUGUUACAAUAUAUGAAAGACUUAGUGUCAUUUAAUUUUGGCUGGACAAAGUCUGAUUAUUAGUUUCUCCUCCAAUAUCAAUUUUCAAACGGUUGGCACUUCCGUGUUAUGAAAAGACACCAUACAUACAUCACUACCAAAGUCCCUGAUUGGUCAAAGUUUAGUUGAAAAAUGUUGUAGUUAUUCGUGGACGUGAGAGUUUUGAACAUGGAAGCCUGAAAUGAGCAUAUACCUGUGUUUACAUAGAUGUUUCAUUGAAAUAGUGGCUCAAAUGCGUGUUUCCAAGCCUGAUGUGAUCGUAGCAUAACUUCCAUUCAUCUUGAAGAACCUUCUGAUCUCCCAAAGUCUGUUUCAACUCCUCCUAAAAACCACCAUUUGGUCAUUUGUACAUCAUCUUCAUUUUCCUCACCACUAGUCAUUCUACACACCACUAUCCUAUGCUAUCCGGGGUACGCUCUCCCCAACCACGACUUGGAGUCACUAAUCUGUUUUAGAUUACCAUGUCUGCUUUUUUGCUUCUCUCUCCAUGGUUAUAUCACUCUUUACAAUGCUCCUCUCUUUUGUUUUUUAUGGGGGGGAUGUCUUCACCACUGCCAUGUCUAUUCCAUCGAUAAACUUCCCCACUGUCUGUGCUUCUGCACUUCUCCAUCACCUCCUCAUCAUCUCUGCUUCCCUCACCUAAAUGUCCAUUAAAAUUUGCUCCAAUCAACACUGUUUUCCUCUGGCCAUACCCUGGAUAACCUUAUCCAUUUCCCUCCAGAAUUUCUUCUCCUCCUUAAGCUCACAUUUUACCUAGGGGGCACAACCACUGCCAAAUGCAACACCACAUCUCCAACUGCCACUUUCUGACUCAUCACCCUGUGUGAUGUUCUCUUCACCUCUAGAAGAUUCUUGGAGAGCUGUUCCUCUUUCCAUGAUAAAAUGGCUUGAAGCUGCUCCCAAUCUAUAAGCCUGGCUCCUUUUCCAAGCAUUUCUGCUUUUCCUAUUUCCAUGAAGUCGCCAAACUCCAGUUUUCCUUUUGAAACUCCAACAUGCAGGCAUGCACAGUGCUGGAAAGAUCAGUAAAAAAUAAAAAGUCCAAACACAGACUAAAAGCCAUAAAUCUGAUGUAAGUGAAACAAACCAUGAUUUCUGUUUGGUAAAUUUGUCUAAAUUGAACUCGGUGUCAGAAACUGUGAGAAAGCUGAUCACUUUUGUUGUAAAAGAUACAUUUUAACUUUUUUUAUUAUUGUACUGUUAUCGUUUUUCUACGUUCUUUUUUUACUUUCUUUUCAUUGUUCUUUUUUAACACAUUUAGGUCAAACAUACAGAAGGGGAAUUUUCUAUGUUAAAUAAGAUUAUGUUCAUUUGAUUGGCCAUAUUUAGUUUAAUAUGUCUAAGAAUAAAAGAUUGCAAUAUGAAGGGACCUUUCAAAAACAACCAUCAAUGAAUACAAAAAUAGGGUAAAACAGUGUGACUACAGCCUGUUAUCAACACGACAUGGCAGGGCACAACUGGAUGAAUAAGACUCCAGAGUUUAGACACUGCAGAUAGUAGAUGAUGGUUUGGUGAAAAUGUUUGGAUUUGGUGGAGAUAGAGCUGGAUGAAAGAAAAGGGUUUGCAUGACAGCAUGUCGAAAAGCAUGUAGAAAGAUGGGCGAUUUUAACAUUUCAAAAAGACUGAUUUUGUUUUGGCUCAGAGUGGUGAGAAUAUUUAUGAAUAAAGAAAAACUGGCAACACAUAGCUUGCUGAAUUGAAAGACCAAUUUUACUAAUCAAUGCUUCGCUUCAGUAUUGAGACUUAAUCAGAUGGAUGUCAGAAACAUGUGAGAUGAUUUUUUUUUUACAUUAUGUGUUUAGUUGACAAAAGUAGUUAAAAUUCAGAAGCAAUUUCUAUUCCAGCACUUUUCCUAUAGUAUCUAUUGUUUGUAUUUUCAUUUUUUUUAUGCACUUACAGGAUUGUGACGGUACAAUGUUUACCAGGACCAACAGCCACCUGUAGGUUCUGUACCACACUUGUGAGCUCUGUAACUUACUAGUUGACUGACUUGAUGAUUUUGAUGGUAAUAAAAUUAAUUCAUCUGUUUAA